CUAGCGAAGAGGUUUCCUCUCUCUACCUAAAAUAACUUGUUUUGAUUAUUCAUGAAACCCUUUUGAUUAUUCAUGAAACCCCUCUCUACCGAAACAAGAAUUGCCAAAAUUUCAUAUUUCUUCCAAAUUUUCGGGCGUUCCUCCAGUUGCGACUUUCACUCACCCACUGUGUGUGAGCGUUGUGUGUGAGUUCCACACCACACUACUCCCACUCACGUUCUGUGUGAGCUUUCUCCUCUUUAGUAUAUGACAAUCUAAUCAACAUAAACUAAUUUCUUCAUUGUUCAUCAAACCCAAUGGUUCAUCUCAAUAAUUGGCUCCAACCCUGGAAAGUUUGCUGCUGCAAUGGAUCAAGUUGCUCUUUAUCUCAUUCUACUCUGCAAAAGAAAAGAAGAUGGCUGAAGCUUUGGUGGGUGGAGCAUUUCUCUUGGCUUCCAUUCAAAUGCUGUUUGAUCGAAUGGCUUCUCGUGAGUUCAUAAGCUUCUUUUCCAAACGAAAAUUUGAUGAUGGACUCGUACACAAGCUGAAGUUAACCUUGUUGGCCAUUCAAGCAGUGCUUGAUGAUGCGGAGGACAAGCAAAUAACCAACAAGAACGUGAAAGAUUGGCUUGACGAGCUCCAGCACGUUGUGUACCAAGCUGAGGACUUGCUGGAGGAGAUCGCUACCAAGGCCUUGGGGAAGAAGUUGGAAGCUGAUCAUGUUCAGUCCCAAACCCAAGGCAGCACAGCUCAGGUUGGUUUCAGUCGAUUUUUUCAUCCGAUCACGUGCUCUCUGUUACCAAUUAAUCAUUCGGUCUCGACUUCUGCUUAUCUGUCCGAUGAAUCAAUUGAGUUCAGGAUGAAAGAGGUCAUCAAUGAGUUGGAGGGGUUUGUCAACCAAAACAAUUCUCUUAAUUUGGCGGAGAAUGUUGGAAGAAAACAGUGGCAAAGACAAGAAACAACUUCUCUCGUUGAAUCUAAUGUAUAUGGGAGAAAUAACGACAAAGAAAGGAUAAUCGAAUUGUUGUUGUCUGACAAUGCAACUGGGAAUGAGAUUUGCGUGAUCCCCAUUGUAGGCAUCGGUGGGAUGGGCAAGACAACACUUGCUCAACUCAUAUACAAUGAUGCUAGAGUAAAUGGGAAUUUUCAUAUGAAAUCAUGGGUUUGCGUGUCUGAUGCAUUUGAUAUCUGCAAGAUAACAAAGAAAAUUGUUGAUGAUGUAACUGCAUCAAACAAUGAUUUCAACAACCUUGAUCAACUUCAAAUCAAGUUGAAAGCGAGUCUCGCAGGGAAGAAAAUUUUAAUCGUCUUAGACGAUGUUUGGAAUCACAACUACAAUGAUUGGGACUUCUUAAGAAGACCUUUCAGUGGUGGAGCACAAGAAAGUAGGAUCAUUGUAACGACGCGCAUUGAUGAGGUUGCAUCAGCAAUGGGCACUGUUCCUAGUCAUCACUUAGAGCAAUUGUCGUUUGAAGAUUGUUGGUCAUUAUUUUCAAAGCAUGCAUUUGGGAGCAGAGACUUUAUGGAUCAUUCAGACCAAGAGAGCAUUGGCAAACAAAUUGUGGAGAAGUGCAAAGGCUUGCCUUUAGCGGUAAAAUCACUUGGAGGUCUCUUGCGGUCUAAACAGGAUAUUGAGGACUGGAAAAAUAUAUUAAAAAGUGAGAUAUGGGAUUUGGUGAGCGAAAUUUCUCCGGCUCUACGAUUGAGCUAUCAUUAUCUCCCUUCACAUUUAAAGCGAUGCUUCGCACAUUGUUCGAAAUUUCCUAAAGAUUACAUAUUUGAAAAGCGAAAGUUAGUCCAAUUAUGGAUAGCCGAAGAUCUUGUGCAUCAGCCCAAAAGCAAUAAACUAAUGGAAGAUGAAGGUAACUAUUACUUUUGUGAACUAUUAUCAAGGUCUUUCUUUCAAAGAUUGAGUGGCAUCAAUUCCUGUUUUGUAAUGCAUGAUCUAAUCCAUGAUUUGGCUCAACAUAUCUCUGGAAAGUUUUGUUUUAGGCUAGAUGAUGACAAGCCACUCGAUCGUAUCUGUGAAAAAGUUCUUCAUUUCUCAUAUGUUCAAGGCGAAUAUGAUGCAUUUGAGAAAUUCAAGGUUGUUAAUGAGGUGCAGUAUUUGCAAACUUUCAUAUCAUUUCCACGAGGUUAG